UAGGUCACACGGUGGAUAACAAGCCUAAAUCGGCAAGAAAAAGAAAAAACAAUAAGAAAAACUUUGCAGUCAGGUUUCAGAGCAUCUUCACUAGGAACAUGUCUCUUGAGUUGACAUUCAACCCUGACAUACAGCUGACAGAGAUGAUGCGUCUGCGCGCACAGUCUCUACAGCAGCGGGGCCAGAAAGGCCAGGAAGGAGAGCGUCUACUGAGGCCCAGCGAGCACGUCUACCGUCUGGACUUCUCCGAACAGGCCCUGCAUUUCACCCGCUGGAACAUCCGCAUCCCUACCCCUGGCCGCCUCAACAUCAUUGCCACCUCCCAGCUCUGGACACCCGACCUCACCCAUCUCAUGACCCGCCAGCUCCUCGAACCGACAGGGCUCUUCUGGAAAAGCGCAGAUGACGAUGUCAUCCAAUGCUACGAGGCUGAUGCCCAGGAGUUUGGCGAGAGGAUAGCCGAGCUGGCCAAGGUCCGCAAGGUGAUGUAUUUUCUGUUCGCCUUUGAAGAUGGCUUGACUCCGGAGAGCAUCGAGUGCUCCAUUGAAUUCCAGACCUCCGAGUGAGAAGGGUACGACGGCUUUUGUUCAGUCUGCUUAACCUAGAUUUAGUACUUUAAGUAAUUAGACCAUAAAAUUAUGUUCCUGUUAUGACCAGGUCUUGAACAUUUUAUGCAAUUUGAUGAGCUGUAUCUGUCUGAUUGUUCAUAUUUAGCUGUUUUG